UGCGUCGUGAUGCCGUCAUUGGUCCGCUGCCUUCCAGCCCUCUGUGGCUCUUGCCUCACGCCCCCUCCCUGGUGCACAUGCAUGCACACACAGCCUCCUCUCGCUCCCUGCGAUGCAACAGACCCUCACACAGUUAAUCCAGUCGGGUUGUGUCCCCGUGAAAUGCUGUGUUUUGCAAUCUGAUGAACUCCCAACGGAUGGCAGAACACGUCACAUUUGAAAGCAGCAACUUUGGACUCUUUGGAUUUACUGUCAGUGGGAGCCUCACAUCAGAGCCUCUGGUUCAGAGGUGGAACUCAACUCCACGGGACUCGUGGAACCAGAAAUGAAGUCCCGACCUGGCGCGGUGACCAUGCUGCUGCACAUCUCUCUCGGCCUCAGCCUGGUCACUGUGUGUUUUGGAGCAGCGAUUCCCUAUUCAUGUGGCUCCAUCUACAAGAGUUUUGCCCAGUGUUUACUCACACUUGGAGACAGUUUGGUGGAUACACAAAAAGACCAGAGCACACAGGACAUCGAUUCAAUCUGCAGGUCCUGGAAUGCGUUCCAUGUCUGUGCCAACUCCGCUCUGGCCGGCUGUCCCGGCGAGGCCGCGGCCGUUUGGGAGUCUCUGAGGCAAGAGUCCAGGAAGACGCAAUUCUCUGGAAACCUCUACGACAUGUGUGCCCGCCGCACCACCCUCCCCGCCAGCACUGUGCCUGCGCCCCAGAGCCCCCCCUCCGACCAGACCAACCAGGAUAAACUGAAGGGGCAAACGAACAUGCACAGUCCCACCUUCUGCACACUGUUGAUACCUGCGUGCACCACCUUACUUCUUCUGCUCCGGAGUGCAUGAAACCAUUGAGUCUUUUCAGUGAGACAGAGUUCAGCGUUCUAGCCCCCCCCCCCACCCCCCAGCCCCCCUCCUACUAUCCAAACACACAAUGGUGAUCACCCUUUCCAAGUAAAACACAUCAUGAUUGCACAUCAAACCCAAAAUAAAGAGCGCAAUGACUGAAGGAAAAAUGAUAUAAAAAGGUGGAGCUUAUAAAGUGUAUAUGCUUUUAAUAGCAAUGCGGAAAAGACCACUUCUGGUUUUCAGGAAGAAGUUCACAAAGAAGUUACUUUUAUUGUGACAACUGUUCAACUGUGUCGCUUGAGAUGAGUUGAUGAUUGUGAUCGAAUCCGAUGCUUUCUAUAUGUUGGUCACAUCAUGUUGGCAGGAGUGAUGAACAGUUAAUGAAGAUGAAGGAAUGUCAAAGUCGAAAUUAAAAAGCUAAUAUUUUUUGUAGCCAUACUUAUUUUUGUCCCUACUGCAGGACAUCAGGAAUACUGCCUCAUUUUUUUUAGGACAAAAGAGAUUUUAGGGGAGGCCAGGUGUUCAUAUAAAUGCUUCUAAUCCAAUCAUGUGGCAUCCUGAGUAGAGUAUUAUCACAGGCCACCAAACUGUUUUCGAACAGUUUAAUUCAUCAUCGCGUUUGAACAGUUUAAUAUCAGAAAACUAGAUUUGAUGUUGGAACUUACUUUGCGGUGUCUGCCACAUUUUGCAGAAUGUUAAAAUGUGUCAUUGGAUGCGACCUUGUUCAGUGGGUUUCCAUACUUUCUUAAAGCCGUUAUAUGUUGCUUUUUGUGGUCUGUUAGUUUCACUUCAAUCAAUAUUGAAGGCAUCCCUCGGGGAGCAAUUAAUUAAUAAUUCAGAGCACUCUCAAUAAAACAAGACGGUAAUCACAAAUAAUUAAACCAACUACAUAGUGAUUGCACAUUGGGGGAAGGAGGGAGAGGGAAGUUUCCCAAGUGUUUCCCAACCUUCAUCUUUAUAGAAUUAACGGUUGGUAUGAAGUUAUUUCAUGUUGUAUAACUUUUCUUUGUUACUGGGCUGAUAUACAAAGACUGACUGCAUUUUAUUAAUCGGUUUUCACAAUAGCAAUUUGUUUACUGUGUUGUUUUCUGUUUUUUUCUUAUUGGUUAUUUGUCUUAUUCUAUUUUUUCACAGCAGUAUAGAGUGAUAUGUGCCACUUUGAUUAAUUCAGAAUUUAACCCAGAAAAGAAGAUUGAAAUUAAACCUGCAUUUACCAACAGA